CUUCAAUUCAUCAGCGGAUUUGGUGUUAUCAAUUUUAUCUUGGUUUUCGUGAUUGUCGCUACUAAUCACGUCCGCAGAGUUAGUGAAAUUUGUGUUCUUCGGCUGGAGUGGCCCUUCCUGGAUUCGGUAGUGCUUGAAAAGUCUUGGUUGACGCUGCUUCCAGGACAAGUAGCAAUCCGUACGGGCAAAAAUGAUUCGUGUUUAGAAAGUGUUAUUUUCGACCUUUAGACCUCCCUUGAAAAAGGAGUAAAUCUCUACAUCUGACGACAAAGACGACCGGCAUUGUAACCAGUACACGAUCCACGUUACGUUAUUCAACAUGUCCUUUAAAGAUUUAGUGGAACCGGAAUGCGGUGGGGCAAAUCCGCUGAUGAACCUGGGUCGACAGGUUACUCGGGAUGUAGCUUUCCAAGAUGAAGGAUUUGCAGGAGGACGGUCGGCAUUCAUCGGAUCGGAAAAUGAUCUGGUAAAGGAGUUCAUGGGACAAGUUGCACCGGCUCCACAGUCAUUUCGCAUGGAUGUACUGUUGAAGGAGAUGAGAGAUAUCGACAGGCAGAAUUUUCAUCAACGUCAGAUCAUACCAGGACCUCCAGUAAUCGAAGAGGUUAACCGAUCGGAUUUGAAUUGGGAAAAGGAAUUCGCGAUUGGUUCAUCUAUCGGAUCGCAAGGAAUUACUCCUACAGGCCAGCGUGCGGAAAGUAAGCUUACCAGCAUCUGGUCAAACUCACAGCUGGAUCCGAUUGAAGGUACAAUUAAUGCAGGACCGAGCAACAUUUUAUAUACGAAAGAUUUUUUCGAUUUGAACGAACCGAAGAGCGAGGAAGAACAACAGUCGAUUCGCCAGGCUGCCGGAGAGUUGGCUGAGGUCUCUUAUCGCCGUGAUACGGAAAAACUUAACUACAGCGAGUUUCUGCAUUUUAUCAACAAUGUUGGCGAUGGCGCCGUAAGGAUUCACGAUGGUCAAGUAACUGGCGGUGGAACAAAUGUUUGGGCGAACGAGUUCGACCAGUUAGCCGCUGGGCCAUCGAAAACUAUCAGCAAGGACGAACCAAGCAUCGCUGAAGAUUGGGCUAUGGCUUUCGAGGAGGAUAAGAAACGGGAACAAGAGGCAGCUGAAAACUACAACAAGCAGUUUUGGGAUCGUUUGCAGAACGAGUGGCAUUCACUUUCGGAAAAUGAGAGUCAGCACCCGUGGUUGUCAGAAUUUUCCGAAUUUUACGAUCCGUACAAAGAGUACAAGUUUGAUGAGGAGAAUCCUAUGUCGAACGUAGAGAAUGCUUUCGAUAAAGGUAAAGCUUUUUUGGCACAGGGAGAUAUUCCAAGUGCAGUGUUAUGCUUCGAGGCAGCGGUGAAACAAGAUCCGGAAAAUCCGGAGAUUUGGGAAUUACUUGGAUUCAGUCAGGCAGAGAACGAAAAAGAUCCCAAUGCCAUUGCUGCUCUUAAUAAGGCACUAUCAUUUAAUGCAAACAACAUGCCUGUACUGAUGGCAUUGGCUGUUUCUUAUACGAAUGAAAGCAUGCAAAAUCAAGCGCUAAGAAUGCUGGUCAAGUGGAUGAAGUGUAAUCCCAAGUACGAAACUUUGGUUCCACCGGAAAUGUUGCAACCACAGGAAUCAUUUUUAGCCAGCUCGCUAAUGGGUGGCCCCAGUCUACAGGAAGUUCAGGACUUGUUUAUUAAGGCGGUCCAAAAAUCUCCGAAUGAAAUCGACGCUGAUAUACAAGAAGCUUUGGGUGUUCUAUUCAACCUAAGUUCGGAAUACGAUAAAGCAGUUGACUGUUUUCGGGCUGCUGCUCAAGUUCGCCCGAACAGCUCAAAAAUUUGGAACCGCUUAGGUGCCAGCUUGGCUAAUGGAAAUCGCAGUGUAGAAGCAGUAGAAGCCUACCAACGGGCUUUGGAAAUUCAUCCCGGUUUUAUUCGAGCGCGCUACAAUGUUGGCAUCAUUUGUAUCAACCUUAAAGCAUACAAGGAGGGAGUCGAACAUCUGUUAACAGCUUUGAAUCAUCAGGCAUCUUCAAUAGCACGUGCGGGAAUAAAUGUGUCCUCCCCGGCCAACCAGAUGUCGAGUACGAUUUGGAUUACGUUGCGUAUGGUGAUGUCUCUGAUGGGGAGACAGGAUUUACAACAGGCAAUUGAUAACCGUGAUUUGGAAGUGCUUAAUCGCGAGUUUCCAAUGAGUAACGAUUGAAGUGGGCUAAUUGAUUUUAUAUAGAGACAGGAUGGGAGUGGUUUAUUUUUUAUUUUAAUAUAUGGAGUACUAAAGGUAUAACCUUGGAAUAAAAAGGUUGAAGCAAAUUUGAGUAAAAAAUAUAUAUUCAACCAAGCUAAGUUCUUCAUGAGCAAUAUCAAAAACAAAAUUUAACAGAGCAGUGUAAAGCAAGGUCAUGAAAGGUACACACAUUUUUGUUUCAUUGUAUAACAUGCCCGUUUUGAUAAUGGUUAAUAAAUCAAAAGUACA